AUGUGGAAUUGGAAUCAAUCCGUUGGUUGCUGGCCACUUAAGGCCUCAAAACUUCAACAGAUUUGGAAGCACCUGAAAGAAGAAUUAAGUUUCCGAACAUUGAUUUAUCAUAGGGAGGAUUUUUGGAACUGUUAUGGUGACAAUUUUCUAAAAGACAAUUCAACUACCUUUAUAGUCUGGGAUCAGACGACAUAUCCACCCUACUUGAAGGCGAGUCAGGAUAUGGAUAUAUUAGUCAUUUCUUGUGUAAGGAGAGCAAAUUAUGAGGUCAUUCUUGGAACCCUCAGUAUUAUGUUAAAUCAUAUGAGGCACAUUUCCAUCUGGUUGGACAUCUGUGAUGAUAGAAUGCAGAUCAAAGACUCAAUGAAGAAUUUGCCUGAAAAUAUACUAAAACGAUGUUGGGAGCUGCACAUGGCAAAUGUUAUACUAACGGCCAGUGAUUUUUCGACAUCUUUUCAGAUAUUUGCUUAUCAGCCAUUCCCAACAUUUCAGUUGCUGUCGUUGACUUAUCACAAUGCCCUUAAACUUUUUCCGUAUAAAUUAAACAACUUCUACGGGUAUAAUAUACGUACUUUACCCGAUCUAUCGGAACCACUUACAAUUGCAUACCGCAAUGCCAACGGAGAACUUGUGGUAAGUGGAAUGAUUUGGCGAAUGAUGAUGGAAUUCGCCCGACAUUUGAAUGCUACUCUUCAAUCGGUAAUGGAGCCUAAUAACAUCGUGACUUACUCUCGAAUGCUGCAGUAUGUACAAAAUGACACAUUGGAUAUAGCUGCCAGCCUUCGCCCUUUAAUUCGAACUCACGGCAGGACAUAUCAUGAAUACGGUUACCCGAUAUUCAUUGGAAGCUGGUGUACCAUGCUGCCAGUGGAACGAUUACUAAGCACUCAUGAAGCUAUGGCCAAAGUAAUGCACACGCCGUGGACAUAUCUUUAUAUUCUUAUCCUAUAUUUGUUUUAUCGCUGUCUGGCUGGACAAGGACUCCGUGGAUCACGGCUUUAUCGCUUACUUUUGCCGCUAACACAUCUACUUUUACUUUCCGCGAUGCUGUCACAACUUUCGGCUUUAUUCAUUAGCCCUUUGCAACAUAAUCGUAUUGAAAACUUUGAUCAACUAAAUGAAGCUGGUAUACGCAUCAUGGGUCUACGUUCAGAGUCCUUUCUGUAUCCCGAUGAAAUGAAAAUAACAUAUGCCUCAUCGUUCUGCCUCCAGGACCGUUUUAAAACAUUUAUGGAGCAUCGCAGCUCUUUCAAUGCUACGUAUGGCUACACGGUUAGCUCCGUGAAGUGGGCCUUGUAUAGAGAGCAGCAGAAUUACUUCAAGAAACCGCUGUUUCGUUACUCAACGAAUCUUUGUAUCCAGAAACUGUCACUGUUUGCGCUUCUGAUGAACGAGAACUGUCUGUACCGCGAUCAUCUGCACGAGUUCAUCAUUCGUCUUAGUGAGUAUGGGUUAAUACGUUUCUGGAAUCGACAGUCACUGUAUGACAUGAUGGAAGCCAAUCGUCUGCGUCUUGCCGACUUAAGUACACCUCUGAGGGCUCAGGCUUUGCAUUGGGAAGAAUGGCUUUAUGUUGCUGUGUUGUAUGGAUUUGGUCUCUUAGUUGGGUUGGUGGUGUUUUUCUCAGAACUUAUGGUUUACUAUAUCAAUGUUUACCUAGACAAUUUGUAA